AUGGCCUCGGGGUACAAGACGGACUCGACGACGAGCCAAGGUCAUUCGGAAGCAGUGAGGUCCUGGGGAAACACACCAAGGUCCCACGGGCAGUAUGUCCGCAGGAAGAUCAGGAGAACCCCCUACGACGGUCAUGAGAUGAAGGUGUUGGGUGAACUACUCAUCUCUCCUUUCAACAACCCGAUCGCAAAGGGCAUGUUUGCAGGAGACGCACUGACAGGUCAUUCAUCCCCCGACGACAAGGACGAGGCUGACUUUCCCGAUCCUCACGUCGACUACUAUCUGUGCGCUAACACAGGGAACACCCCGAUAGCAUGGUACAGCGGUCAUCAGAACCGUCCUUCCUCCAUGGGCGGCACUCGUCCCGGCUCGCAGAAGAGCAACCUUGGAGAAAUGACCCACGUCAUGACAUCUUCCAUUCUCUUCCCGUUUGAAGAACAACAGCACUCGAAGAGACUGCAGAGGUACUUUGAAGACCUUUCAGGGCAAUCUCCUCUCGCCAUGGAAAGUGCGUCAUCCUGGUGGGCUGAGUCCACGAACCCACCUCAACAACAGGGCCCGAAAAUCAUUUCAAGAACAAUGGUUUAA